AUGAAGGUAGAGAACAUGUCGCUGCAUCCUCUGGGCACAGCAUCUGCCCCUGUGCCAGAGCUGCUGUGUAUCUUCGGGACGGGUGACCUCGGGCGCUCUCUGGGCCUGCGUCUGCUCCAGUCUGGCUACAGGGUGGUGUACGGCAGCCGCAGACCUAACAGCUGUGGCCCCUUGCCUGAGGGAGCUCAGGUGACGAGCCACGAAGCAGCAGCCCAGUUAGCCGAUCUGGUCUUCAUUUGUGUUCACAGAGAACACUACGGAUUCCUGGAGACCCUCGCGCCGCAUCUUCAAGGAAAGGUGUUGGUGGACCUCAGUAACAACCUGAAGAAAGGCAUAUACCCAGAAGCCAAUGCUGCCUACCUGCAGAGACUGGUCCCUGGAGCCGCUGUGGUGAAAGGCCUUAACACGCUGUCUGCCUGGGCCCUGCAGAAUGGACUUCUGGCAGGAAAACAGGUGUACCUCUGUGGGAACAGCGCAGAAGCAAAGCAGACAGUGGCGGAGAUGGCGACCAAGCUGGGCCUCACUGUUCUGGAUAGAGGGUCCCUGUCGGCAGCCAGAGAGCUGGAGGACUUUCCCCUUCAGCUGUUCCCUGAGUGGAGGCUGCCGCUGUGUGUGGCCGCUGGCCUCCUCGCCUUCUUCUACUUCUAUCUGCUCAUUAGAGAUGUCAUCUACGCAUAUGUUGAGCAGGGAAAAGACAUCUCCUUCAGAAUCAUAGUAACCCUGGCCAACAAGGUGUUUCCAAUCGUGUCUCUCAUCAUGCUGUCUCUGUGUUACCUGCCUGGUGUCAUAGCUGCCUUCCUUCAGCUCUACAGAGGGACAAAGUACAGGCGCUUCCCUGACUGGCUGGACCGCUGGAUGCUGUGCAGGAAACAGAUGGGUCUGGUCGCUCUGGCCUUAGCUUUCCUCCAUGCCAUCUAUACAUUCAUCAUUCCUCUUCGCUAUAAUGUCAGACACAAACUCAUCUCGCUUGUGGUGGAUGAGAUGAAGAGGAACAAAACCACGCCGUUCUACUUCGAUAAUACAGAGGCAUGGGGCACAGACGCAUUCUUCGCGCUGGGGAUCCUGGGCUUCUUUCUUUAUGUCCUGCUAGGACUGACAUCCCUGCCCUCUGUGGGAGGCACUCUCAGCUGGAGAGAGUUCAGCUUCGUUCAGUCUAAGCUGGGCCACCUGACCCUGUGCAUCUGCACGGCACAUGGCUACCUGUACGGCUGGGACAGAUUUAUUCGUGUCUCCACCUACAAAUGGUACACUCCUCCGGGCUACAUGCUCUGUCUGAUUGUGCCCUCCGUGGUGCUGGUGCUGAAGGCGCUGAUUCUCCUCCCCUGUGUGGACCGAGCCCUGACCCGGAUUCGACAAGGCUGGGAGAGGACCCCGCCCGAGCCGGAGCUGGGUAUGAAUAAAGCCACCAACCUAUGA